GAUAUAGAUUCCGUUUUUUUGUGUAGAUGGCUUACCUUCAGUCAUGGCAGACAUUUCAUGAGUUGCUCUUAUCAAGAAGAAAGUGUAUAUUUUAUUGUCGAUUAAUUCGGAUAUAUACUUCCUGUAGGAUUUCAUUUAUACUUAUUUUUUUUUACAAACUUUAUUUCAGACCAACAACAAACUUAUUAGAAUAAAAACGUGUAGCGACGUCCGGGAAGUGACCUCAGAGACCUUAUUCGUAGGUUCCUACGUAUGUUCUUAAUUUUUUCCUUCAAGUAAAACGAUUUUACAAAAUGGUCGAAGGUAUAUACGCUAUGGAGCAAAUUUUCAUAGACGAAGAAACAGGCGAAAGCUUGAUACAAUCCUUUCGGGACAAUGUAGAAAUACAUGAUACUGUUGGUUCAGUGAAUAAUGUUGAAACUGGUGAACCUGAAGUUAAUUUCGUAAGGACUGCAACGCAAAGAAGUAGAAAGAUACCUUUUCAGAUACCAAAACAAGUGAAGGAUAAUAUGAUGCCUAAAAAAUCUGGUUGUAAAUUAGAUAAUAUGGAAAUGGAACCUGUACCGAUUGGAUCAUCGUUCGGACAAGUAAAUCCCAUCUGUUUGUUUCUACCAGCUAUCAUAUAUUCACGUUGGUUUCUGGCAUUACUUAUGAUUUUUGAAGUUAUUCUACAUGUUUGGGCACAUCACAAAAAUAAGUCAUUAAAAAAUGCUGGUGUAUAUUUUCGUUCGCCAUUCCACGCUAUAUCUUCUGAAUUUUGUGCUCUUUGUCAAAAUGAGACGUGUAUGGAUCGUGUUGGAAAAUUGCAGCAAAAACGGAUGCACAAAUUCUUUCGGCAGUGUAAUUAUAUGAAGAGAAUAGUUACAUGAAAUAUCUUUAUACAGAAAAUGUUAAUCUUGUAACAUAUUGUACUGUGUCAUAUAUUGAUUAAGUAUAACAUGUUUACAGUUUUACAUUAGGGCAAUUUUUUUUUUUGUAUAAAAUAAUCUAAAUUGUAUAAUAAUAUCUUAAAUUCGAGUUAUCAUAUUAUUAAUAACGACUUAAUGAAGAACUAAUCCGUUUGUAACGUAGAAGAAAAUAUUCUAACAAAAAUCAAAAGUAAGACUAAAUAUGUUUUUAUACAAAAUAAAAGGUGGAAGCUUAAUGUUUUAUACAAUGAACAAAAAAUGAAUAAUAGAAUACGAUUAGAUAGUCGUUGUUCAUGCAUCUUUGUUCAUAUAGUACAAGUAUUUUAUUGUUAAAAUAUAGGUUUAUAGAGGUUUUAUU